AUGGCAGGGUGCCUCGCCCUCUUCCGCCGCCUGAGGCGUGGGACCAAGGACAGCAAGGAGCCUCGCCGUUUGUCCCUGGUCGGCCCCCACAUCGCCUGCAGCGCCGACCCGGGCUGGUCCAUCCCCACCACCCCGCCCUCCCCCCACUCCACCGGCAGCGCCAGCGCCAGCGACGACGCCGGCAGCUGCAGGUUCCCCAGCGGCGUGCCCACGCCCCAGGGCCCCCUCUCCCCAGCUGGGGGCGGCUACAGCAAGGACGCGGCGUGCCUACGACAGGAGCCACGGUCGAGGGAGGGCGCGGGCCCAUUGCAAGGUGGCGCCCUGGGUCAGAUCGUCCUGAAGGGGCACAUGAUCUCCGGCGACCAGCUCGUGCUCUUCGUUUACAUAAACCUGCGACCCAUCAGGACAAAGGUGGCCCCCAAGGGCUACUCGACCCUUCGAUGUGGGGUGCUCCGCGAACUCCCCCUUCGGUUUUGA